CAAUUUGCCGUUCGUUUUGUGUUGGUAGACCUGCUAAUUAUCAACGACGUGUUCCGUCAAUGGACGGACUGUCAUAGACGGCAUUCGAACGGUGUUAAAAUGGGGGGAUUCGUGUUUUGUAGGACCCAUGUGUUAUUAUUAAUUAUUGGACUCGUUUUUAUAGAAGCUAAUUUAGUGCAUAGGAAAUUUGAGUACAAGUAUUCAUUCAAACCGCCCUACUUGGCUCAAAAAGACGGGUCUGUGCCUUUCUGGGAGUAUGGAGGCAACGCGAUAGCCAGUGCGGAAAAUGUGAGGAUAGCGCCCUCUUUGAGAAGUCAAAAAGGUGCCAUAUGGACAAAAAACCCAAUUAAUUUUGACAACUGGGAUGUAGAUAUUUCUUUUCGGGUAACAGGCAGAGGCCGUAUCGGAGCCGACGGUUUGGCGUUUUGGUACACCCAAAAUAAGGGCGCCUACGAUGGGAAUGUGUUUGGUUCGUCCGACCAAUGGGUUGGUCUUGGACUUUUCUUCGACUCUUUCGAUAAUGAUAACAAACACAACAAUCCUUACAUAAUGGCCGUUGUCAAUGAUGGAACCAAGGAAUUCGAUCAUGCACAAGACGGAACCACUCAGCAGUUGGCCGGCUGUCUGCGCGACUUCCGCAACAAGCCGUUCCCGACGCGCGCGCGCAUAGAGUACUACGAAAACACCCUCACCGUCCUCUUCCACAACGGCAUGACCAACAGCGACCAGGACUACGAGAUGUGCCUUCGCGCGGAAAACGUUGUGCUGCCUAAAGGCGGCCACUUCGGUAUUUCGGCGGCCACCGGCGGCCUGGCCGACGACCACGAUGUUAACCACUUUUUAGCGUGGAGUUUACACAAGCCCGGGCAGAUCAAAACCGGCCAAACGGCUGCCGGCGACGAGCAACAACAGAAGUUGCAGCAAGAGUACCAGGAGUACCAGAAAAAGCUCGACCAGCAAAAGGCGGAGUACCGCAAGGAUCACCCCGAUGAAAAAGAACCAGAGAUGGAAGAUUGGUUCGAGUCGGAUAACCAACGCGAGCUCAGGCAAAUUUUUCAGGGGCAGAAUCAAAUAUACGAGAUUAUUAAAGAGUUAAGUAAAAAAUUAGACGAAGUUGUUGGUAGACAGGAGCGCACUAUGAGCUUGAUAACUCAAGGCUCCGGGGCUGUAGUUCCCCAAGGGGGCGGUGCCCCACCCCCACCGCAAGGUCAAACCCCACCAAUCGCCUCCGACACAAUAAGAAGGCAUGAAGUGGACGCGGUGUUCAACAACCAAAACCAAAUACUCAGCACCGCGAGGGAGAUCAGGCAGUUCAUCUUGGAGCUGAAGACUCGCGCGGACGCCAUUUUGUCGAACCAAGCUAAAGCCCCUACCGCGCAGGUGCAAGCGAUGGGCUACGACACGCAGGCCUUAAUAAGCGAGCUACGCGACGGUUUGAACCAAGUUAAGCAGGGCACCGCUCAAAUCACCCACAAGAUGGAGCAGCAGCAGCAGGGAGGCGCAUGCCCGGCGCCUUCCUGCAUUUCUUUCACUGCUAUGCUGAUGCUGGUAGCCGCCCAACUCGUCAUCUUCCUGGGCUACAGCUUUUACAGGGACAGCAGGGAAAGUCAGGCUAAAAAGUUCUACUAAUGUUCCGAAUUUGCGAGUGUUUGUGAUGAAAAUUCAAGUAUUUUCUAAAAGACUAAGGGAUCGUGAAAACUAUGACAAAGAUAAAUAAUACUAGUACUGAAUGGUAGCGUAAUUCUAAUACUUGUCUUCCUCAGUUUAUUUUUUUACAUUUUACACUAUUUAUUGGUUUUGUAACUUUCAUUCCAAUUCAUAUUAAAUACAUACAUGCGAUGUAUAUCCAAAAUGACAAAUAUAUUAUACUUAAUUAAAUUAUUCAUAAAUAUAAUUGUUAUUAAUUAAUUUUGUUGCGUUUAUAUUUUUGUUUUCGUCGUUUUAUAAAUUUUUAGGUGUUAUAUAUCAUUGUAAAUUUUACAUGUAAAAUAAAUUCCUAUUGUAUUUUUACUUGUUAUACAUUUUUUUAUUAUAUUUGUUUUGGUUUUUA